AGGGCGGGAGGAUGGAGACGGAGGGAUGCGGCGGGAGGGCGGGACAGCGGGACAGCCCAGUCGCCGCCAAGGAGGCGAAGCUGAGUCGGGGUAGCCCACCCUCCCCCCGCAGUCCCCGCCCCGCGCGGCGCCGCGCACGCCUGAAGUCAUUGCCCGAGGCCCCGCCCCCUCGCGGCCCCAGCCGCGGCUCUGGCUCCGCCGGCGGAGGGGGCGGAGAGAACCCGCAGCUGCAACUUCGCCUGGAGCCUUUGAGCCUGGGCUCAGCCGGGGAUCUAGCAGCCGUCACCGCCGUGUCGCCGCUUCCCCGGCGCGGGCCUCAGCCCAGCCGGCUUGGCCAUGGCAGCCGCCGCCACUGCGGCGAAUCUGGCCCCUGCGCUCCCCGCCCGUAGCUGAGCAGCCGUUAACCAGCCAUCCCGCCUUUCCUCCUGUCCGUGUCGCCGAGGCCCACGCUCCGCGCAAGUUUCCGCCGCCGAAGAAGCAGGAGGACGGACGUGAGGAGUCGGGCGUCCCCGGCCCACCCGGCCCUCUCGCCCGCGAUGUGGGGGCGCUUCCUGGCUCCGGUGGCCAGCGGCCGGGAUAGCCCCGGCGGAGCCCGCAGCUUCCCUGCCGGCCCAGAUUAUUCAUCAGCAUGGCUACCUGCUAAUGAAUCAUUGUGGCAGGCCACAACUGUUCCAUCUAACCAUCGAAAUAACCAUAUCAGGAGACACAGUAUAGCUUCUGACAGUGGAGACACUGGCAUUGGAACUUCGUGUUCUGAUAGCGUGGAAGAUCAUUCAACUUCAAGUGGCACAUUAUCUUUUAAGCCUAGUCAAUCAUUGAUUACUCUUCCUACUGCCCAUGUGAUGCCGUCUAAUUCCAGCGCUUCAAUUUCCAAACAUAGGGAAUCAUUGACACCAGAUGGCUCAAAAUGGAGUACAAGCCUCAUGCAAACAUUGGGAAAUCACAGUAGGGGGGAGCAGGACUCUUCACUAGACAUGAAGGACUUCCGGCCACUUCGGAAAUGGUCAUCUUUAUCCAAACUCACUGCCCCGGAUAACUGUGGCCAGGGUGGCACUGUAUGCAGAGAAGAGUCAAGGAAUGGUUUGGAGAAGAUAGGGAGGGCUAAGGCUUUAACAUCACAACUGAGGACAAUUGGGCCUAGCUGUUUACAUGAUAGUAUGGAGAUGCUUAAGUUAGAGGACAAGGAAAUAAAUAAAAAACGGUCAUCAACUCUGGACUGCAAGUAUAAAUUUGAGAGCUGUAGCAAGGAGGACUUUAGAGCCUCUUCCUCUACUCUUAGGAGACAAACUGUAGACAUGACAUAUAGUGCCUUACCUGAAAGCAAGCCCAUUAUGACAAGCUCAGAGGCUUUUGAACCUCCAAAAUAUUUAAUGCUUGGUCAACAGGCAGUAGGUGGAGUUCCCAUUCAGCCUUCCGUAAGGACUCAGAUGUGGCUUACAGAGCAGCUGCGGACAAAUCCUUUGGAAGGUAGAAAUACAGAGGAUUCUUACAGUUUAGCUCCUUGGCAACAGCAGCAAGUUGAAGACUUUCGACAAGGAAGUGAAACACCAAUGCAGGUUUUGACUGGAUCAUCUCGUCAAAGUUAUUCACCUGGCUAUCAGGAUUUCAGUAAGUGGGAAUCAAUGUUGAAAAUAAAAGAAGGACUUCUAAGGCAGAAAGAAAUUGUAAUUGAUCGGCAGAAGCAACAAAUUACCCACCUGCAUGAGAGGAUAAGAGAUAAUGAACUACGGGCUCAACAUGCCAUGUUACGACAUUAUGUAAAUUGUGAGGAUUCUUACGUGGCUAGUUUGCAGCCGCAGUAUGAGAACACUUCACUCCAGACACCAUUUUCAGAGGAAUCAGUUUCCCAUUCCCAACAAGGGGAAUUUGAGCAAAAGCUUGCAUCUACUGAGAAAGAAGUUUUACAGCUUAAUGAGUUUCUCAAACAAAGACUAAGCCUAUUUAGUGAAGAGAAGAAGAAACUAGAGGAAAAACUUAAAACUAGAGAUCGAUACAUCAGUAGUCUGAAAAAGAAAUGCCAGAAGGAAUCCGAACAAAACAAAGAAAAGCAGAGAAGAAUUGAGACCUUGGAAAAGUAUCUGGCUGAUCUUCCAACUCUAGAUGAUGUACAGAGUCAGAGUGUACAGCUGCAGAUUCUGGAAGAAAAAAAUAAGAAUUUACAAGAGGCUUUGAUAGAUACAGAAAAAAAACUUGAAGAGAUCAAAAAGCAGUGUCAAGAUAAAGAGACACAGUUAAUAUGCCAGAAAAAGAAAGAAAAGGAGUUAGUAACUACCGUUCAGAGUUUGCAACAAAAAGUAGAAAGAUGCCUUGAAGAUGGAAUCCGCCUUCCCAUGUUAGAUGCAAAACAGCUUCAGAAUGAAAAUGAUAAUCUCAGACAACAAAAUGAGACUGCUAGUAAGAUAAUAGACAGCCAACAAGAUGAGAUUGACAGAAUGAUUUUAGAAAUUCAGUCUAUGCAAGGAAAGCUUUCUAAAGAGAAACUGACCACUCAAAAGAUGAUGGAAGAGCUGGAAAAGAAAGAAAGAAACAUACAGAGAUUAACAAAAGCAUUGCUUGAAAACCAAAGACAAACAGAUGAGACAUGCUCUUUAUUGGAUCAGGGCCAGGAAGCUGACCAAUCUAGGCAGCAGACAGUUCUUUCCAAACGGCCGCUAUUUGAUUUGACUGUGAUUGAUCAGCUGUUCAAGGAAAUGUCCUGUUGUUUGUUUGACUUGAAAGCAUUGUGUAGUAUUCUUAAUCAGCGUGCUCAGGGCAAGGAGCCUAAUCUUUCAUUAUUACUGGGAAUAAGAUCAAUGAACUGUUCAGCUGAAGAGACUGAGAAUGACCACAGCACAGAAACACUCACUAAAAAGCUGUCAGAUGUGUGCCAGUUACGAAGAGACAUUGAUGAAUUAAGGACUACAAUAUCAGACCGCUAUGCUCAGGACAUGGGAGACAACUGCAUUACUCAGUGAUCAAGUGUUAGUCCCACAGCAAUAAUGACCCGUUGUUUAAAUGCUGCUGUGUUAUGGAGCCAUAAUGGAAGGUUGCAAGUGACAUGACUUGCACUUAGGGAUUUUUUUCCUGUGGAUUUGUUUUGUUGAAGGGGAGAAGGGAAGUGAAGAGAUUUUGAAGGGGCUUAUCUAAUCAGGCAAAAAGAAAAAAAAUCAAAUCACCUUUGGAAAAUAUGAUAAAAUCUACAAGAAAAAAAAAUGUCUAUAUUCUCAAACUACUGAUUGUAGGACCAAGCUGUGAAGAGUACCCUUCACAUGAAGGAGUAGGAUUCCUUUUAAUCCUAUAGCUUUGUGUGUUUGUGUGUGCAUGUAUGUGUGUUGUGUGUGUGUGCACGUGCUUUAUUCACAAAUUUAUAAGGGUUUCUAGGGUCAGAGCAGAGCUUCUCAGAAAGGCACACGCUGUUUAUUCUUAUAUUUCUUUCAUAUAGAAGCUUGUGUUGUACUUUGGGAUUUUCAGUGGCUGGCUGAACAAGAGUUCAAACAGCAGGCAAGUGUUGUAAUGGUAGUACAGCAGGCAAAACCAUUUAUAUUUUGAACACUUACUGCACUGAUAGGAUGUUUUGUGGUUGAGCUGAUUUUAGUACUGUAGAUAGGUCAGCUGUUUUUCCAGAGUGAUUGUGGAUUUCCCAAGAGGUGUGAAAUUUUGACGUGAUGCUCUUUUUCCUUAGCAUUGUAAUGUAUGUGUUACAAGAAAGGUUAACAUAACUUGAACUAAUUUUAACAUGUUCCUUACUAUUUACAAUUUUUUAUUCAUAUGUUUUAUAUAUAUGCAUAUAUAAAUGUAAACAAAGCCAUAUAUAAUUAAUAAAGGCAUUGGAUCAUUAUUAUAAAAGAAAGAUUAACAAAGUUACCCUGGAACAAUAGCUUACUUAUCCAAAUCUCAACAUUUACAUUUUAACAGUUUUGUAUGUUUCAAAGUUGAAACUACUGUAAGAGAAAGCCAAUACUAUUUAUAUCUGAAUCAACAUUAGCAUAAACAUUUUUUAAUUGAGAUUGUAUUUUAAUUCCUUUUAUUAGAUAAAGUACGUUAACAGAGUUUUUCACAGGAUGUGAACUUGGCGAGGUUAGUUCUUAAUCUGAAUUACAGGGUAUUACUAUGAAAUGCAGUUGAUUUUGCAGUAGACAUACAGUCAUUUAAACUUCCAAAUGAGUGUUGUCCAUGUUUCUGUUGGUAUUUUGGAAGGAUUAUACAUUUUAUUGCCCUCAGCAUUGAUUAUGUUCUUUUGAAUAUACUUAGUUUUGGCGAAAGCCUUGUCCUUUGUAAGUUGGUUUGAUCUUGUGAUGCAACCAAGUCUCAUUUAGGUCAAGACUAAAUAAGAGAUGGAGGGGUAGAGGGUGUGACUCAAGCAGGAUAAUAUUGAUUUGAAAAAGAGCAUAUCACAUGCCUGUUUUCUUGCCAGAUAAAGGGCAUAGCACAUGCCUGUUUUCUUAUAUACUAGAAUAAAGGCUCUCCUAGGAAAGAUUUUUCUUAAAUAUUUAACAGUGAAAAUGUGAGACAAGGUCUUCAAGGAGACUACCCAGGAAGAUACACAGUUUAAAAUGUUGGCUAUACAGCUCUCAAUAGAUUAUUUUAUAGUUAUAGUUGAAUAAUCAGCUAUAAUACACUGUAAAGAAAUCAGAUUUUCCUUCUGCUCGAUGUCUGAGUCCUUCCUGCUCUUCUUACUUCUGAGAAUCUGGGCACUAAGAAAUCAGUAAGUACAUUGUAGUGCUUCUGCAUCGCAGAGUCCUUAACCUAAGGAGAGUCUUAGUCACUGGUAAGAACUUGGCUUUCUAAUUAUAUUCACUUGGUUUUUUAACAUUAGUAGCUUGAAGAUAAUUAAGGUAUAGUAAAUUUCCACCAAAAAUGUGAUGCAAAGAAUUCUGCCUUGGUCCUUUAUGGUAAAGCAGAUAAUAACGUCUAAAAUAGAUCAGCCACAAGUGCAGCAAACAUUUUUUACAUUCUCUUUGAAUAGAAUCCCAACCAACCUCUCCCAUGAUUUUGGAAAUAAAGGCUUCCUAAAAUAAUAGAACAAAUUGGCAAACAAUCACUAAUUGGACCAGUAGAUUCUUACCUAAAUAUCUCUCUUAGAUUUUUAGUGUAUGUUUUGGGAUUUUAUGGUUUUUUUUUUUUUUUUUUUUAAGCAGACGUUACAGUUUGUUUUAAUCUACUAUACAUUUUUGUUUUUUUGGCUUAGUUGGGGAUAAAAUAAUUUAUUUGUAAGUUAGCUUUCUAAAACUUACAGAAAGUAAUUUAAUUCACAUAUCUUAAAAAUAAAAUUCUAAAGUUAAAAAAUUUCUGACUUAGUAGGAAGUUAACAAAACUACUGCUGAUGCAUUUCAGUUUCCAAAAUCUGUACCCCCCCCAUAAAAAAGGGAGGUAAGAUGUGCUAGUUUAAGUAGUUAGCUGAAUUAUAGAUUGAUCUUCUUAAAAUCUGGAGUUUGUAAAGGGGCCUACAUAAACAGUAGAUAGACUUGGAGGGAUUUUGUGGGGGAAUUGAAACUAAUAGUAUUCUAUUCUAUCUUGUUUGUCAGUAUUUACUUUUUGAUUUUUAUUUUUCAGAAAAUUUUCCUUUCCCAGGACACCCUCUUGUAUUAGAAUAUCCUCUUCUGUAUCACAUUGAAAACAGAUUUUACUGUUAGACCAAAUAAGAUGGGCAAAUAGCAACACUAGAGCAUCUCACCCAGUUUGAACUAGGAUGUUCAUGGAAGUUAUGACACCAAUAUAUUCCUGAAAUGAAAAUUAACCUAAAUUUUAAAGUGAAUCUACUUGAAAAUUUCCUUAGAUAAUGAAACCUCGUUUUAAUUGUGCUUUUUGUGAAUCCAACACUUGUUUGCUUAGAAAGUAUCUUAUCCAGUAUUAAUAUUUUGUUCUUUUGGGUUUUAAAGUUGAGCUUAUUCGGCCUCAAUCACAUUACAGCAAGGAUAAAGUAACAGUUGACUCAGUGAAAGACCCAAAUUGCCUGUACAGAUAAAAUUCACUGAAUCAAAGGCACAAUAGCUAUCUUUUCACUUGAACUCAGAAAAGUAAGAUGACUUAAUUUGAACUAUUAAUUUUCAGUGGCCUCUAAUUAAAUAAAAACAAAAAAUCACAAAUACUGGCUAGGUAAGAUAUUCCUGAGGUCAUUUUAAAAGAAGUGUGGCACCUAGGAUUCAAUAUUUAAUGCUAACAGUAUUAUAUUUUAGUGAAAUUUAUUUUGGUGGUGACAGUUUAUUAAACCUAAUUAGACUUCUUUCAAUAGCUUGUUGUAGAGACAAUCUCAAGGGCUGGAAAGUGUUGCUAAAAUGAAUAUCAUACAUUUCUGAUAUACUAAGGAGUUUAUAAAGUAAUUCUUUCAUAGUGCAAGAAUUACUAAUUUCUUAGAGGAUAUUUUUAAAGGAGCUACUUAAUUGGGAAAAUGUUCUUUAAAUAUCAGUAAUAGUUAAGUAACAUAGUAGCUAAGAACAUGGACUAUAUUUUUACAGCAUAGUUCAGCUUAGGUACCCCUUUAGUUUGGAUUAUUGGCAUUCUCUUACGUAGGAAUUAUAUCAUUGUAGAUAUGUAAUUAUGGUAAUAAGCAAUUUUCAUAACCAUGCUCACUCAGACUAUAUCAUUUGAAACUGCCAGUGGCUGUAAUUCUCCAAGCCAAAGUUAAUUCAUUUUGUUUCCAUUUUUGACAAUUCACUGUUCACAAAACAACAGAAACAAUUUCCUAUUUGGUAUAAAGAGCAAAAUUUCCAACUUUGCCCUAAAAUGCCAUGGGUGGCAUAUUGCCAUAUAUUAUAUCAUACAUUUAAUCAUGUAUGGGAAAGAUUUUUAAUUUUUUUUCUUAUUUAAAAAAGUGCUAAAUAUAAGAAUAUAGUUUUAAAUCAACAAGUCUAAUAACACUAUUGCAGCUGUACACAGAACCUUUUGUGCCUUUUUGCCUGCAGUAAGCAUUUAUUUCUAUUUUACAUGAGUUCUAAGAAUGUUGAUGAUUAUUGCACCUUGUUCUUCUGUAUAUAAACUUGAUUAAGGAUUUUUUUUUUUUUUUUAAAAGCAAGGAGCCGUUUUUUAUUACUAGGUGGAUACCUUAGUAAACAUGAGAGGAAUUAUCAGAUAGAUGUCUUUGGAGCCCAGCCUUCCCUAUGUAGUGUGCUGGAAACUCCUUUAGAUUGUAUUCAUUGAUGUGUAUGUAUAUGUACAUAUAUGUAUAAAUAGUUAAAUACAUAAACAUAAAACUUCGCAUUGUUGUGAUGACAAGUAGUAAGGUGCUAGGUGGUUACAUUAAAAAGCACAGCACAGUGUAUAAUCAGUCACUAUGACUGGUGGUUUUGUAAACUGGGUUCAGUUUUUGAACCACCCAGAAUACCUCAUGUGUAAAUACAGUGUUCAUGACUUAAUUGAAAUACAGUUAUUGUUAAAAAAAAAAAAAAAGAAUGUGAAGCCACUGGUUGGCUUAUGCCUUGUGAUCUAUCAUUCUUGCCUCUUUUUUUGUAAAGGGUUUUUUUUUGUUGUUGUUGUUCUGUUUUUUUAAUAGGGUUUACAGCUAGAAUUUUGAAUGCCAAAGUUCUAUUUAUUAAAUUAGGAAAAAAGUUUUCAAUGUUAAUGGCUAGUAUUUUUCCACUGGACUAUUGUUUGUUGAUGUUGGAAUUUGUAUUUACAGAGAAAUAAAUUUUUUAUAAAAAGA